GGGGAACCAGCCAGCUGCACCCCAGCCCCUCCUGGUCUGGACCUCUCCCAAACAGUUCCUUGAGUGGGGUGGCUGCAUGCAAGGAUGGGGAACAGAACAAGGAGACUCUCCAUCCCUGGGAAGGAAAGGCUUCAGCCUGUUUCUUAGCCUGGGAUCUGCGCAGCAUUGAGGGACCCACAAAUCAACCUUGAGACCUUUGGCCCAGCUGGCCCUACCAUGACAAAGGAGUAUCAAGAUCUUCAGCAUCUGGACAACGAGGAGAAUGACCAUCAGCACAGAAAAAGGCCGCCUCCUCCUCAUUCAUUCAGUCGGCGUCUCUGCACCGGACCCAGCCUCCUCCUGGUCUCCAUGGGCCUUAGCCUCCUGCUGCUAGUGGUUCUCUGUGUGAUCGGAUCCCAGAACUCCAAGCUGCAGGAGGAGCUCCGGGCCCUGAGAGAGACCUUCAGCAACCUCACAGUGAGCACAGAGGCCAAGGUCAAGGCCCUGAGCGUUCAGGGAGGAAAUGUGGGCAGAAAGAUGAAGUCUCUGGAGUCCCAGCUGGAGAGACAGCAGCAGGAACUGAACGCAGAUCACUCCAGCUUGCUGCUCCACGUGAAGCAGUUUGUGUCUGACCUGCGAAGCCUGAGCUGUCAGAUGUCUGUCCUCCAGGGCAAUGGCUCUGAAAAGGCCUGCUGCCCAGUGAACUGGAUGGAUUAUGAAGGCAGCUGCUACUGGUUCUCUCGCUCCGGGAAGCCCUGGCCGGAGGCUGAGAAGUACUGCCAGUUAGAGAACGCCCACCUAGUGGUGGUGGGCUCCUGGGAGGAGCAGAAAUUUAUCCAGCACCACAUGGGCCCUGUAAAUACCUGGAUAGGCCUCACGGAUGAAAAUGGGCCCUGGAAAUGGGUGGACGGGACGGACUACGAGACAGGCUUCAAGAACUGGGCGCCAGAGCAGCCAGACGACUGGUACGGGCACGGGCUCGGAGGGGGUGAGGACUGUGCCCACUUCACGGAGGACGGCCGCUGGAAUGAUGACGUCUGCCCAAGGCCCUACCGCUGGGUCUGUGAGGCCCCACGGGACAGAGGCGAUGACAGCUAAGAGCCUCCUCUCCCCUAAUUUAUUUCCUCAAUGCCUUUACCUGACGUAGGGGUCCUGGUUUGGGGCCCUUCUAUCUGGGGGCUUCUGGAUUUUCAUCUAAGAUUUUAGAGGAAAGGGGGAAGGAUGGUGUCUGAGGAAUGUAGAAUGAUGUUUAGAGGGGCGAGGAGAUUGAAACCCAUGCUGCUUUCUAUGGUUUGCAGGUUAUUAUUGUCAACUGGAUUUUUUUUAGAGUAAAAAGAAGAGAA